UUUCAGUUAGUUAGCAUUAUUCCUUGCUUGAUAAGUCAGUCUUCUACAAACAACCAUGGCUUCAGUGGCUCCAGCGAGACGUCCGCCAUCAAGGUCAAGACCUGCGGUCUCGACUCCACCUAAUUCGUCGGGAUCAUCAGCGGAUCUGGGAUCUUUUGGCCGAUAUGUCAAAUUAGUAGUCCGUCUAUUACCUUCAAAUUUGCUGGAAGAAGAUUUUUAUAAUCAACUUUCAAAUCACUUGUCCCCCACUACAUCCAAUCAGAUAUUCCAUAAAUACUAUGUGAAAGGGUCGUAUCCAAUUUCUCCCUACGAACCCCCUAAUUUUUCCAGAGCCUAUUUGGGUGUUUCCAAUCAAUCCUGGGCUGAUUCAGUUACAAGAGAAUUGAAAGGUAAGUCAUUCAAAGAAACAGAAACUAAUGAUUCAUUGAUACCUACUAUAGAGAAAGCGUUGUUCAAUAAGUUGGAACCGCUCAAUACUAGACCGAGACCUCUAACCAGUACAAUUAAUUUGGAUAAUAAUGUUUAUUUCCAACAGUUUUUGGAAUUGAAGAAGGAAAAUAAACAAUUCGAUUUACUAAAUGUUAUCUAUGACUUGAAAAAGAAAGAAAAGAAGAAGAAAAGAAAACAGAAGAGAGACGAAGAAAAGAAAAAAAGAAUAGAGAAAGAUAAGAAAGAUAAAUUAGCCAAUCCAAGAGGAACAGAAAAGGGAAGUGACAGGGAUCAAAUCUUCAAAGAGAAACUCAAGAAUUUAGCAAAGGAGAAACCAAAAGGUUCAAAAAAAGAGAAACAAAGAGACUCGACUAAAGAUAAACCAAGAGACACAAAAGAUGAUCUAAAAGAUAAGCCCAAGUCUAAGGAUAAGUUAAAGGACAGACCUAAAUCAAGCGAGAAGCCGAAAGAAAGACCAAAGGAUAAGCCAAAAGAUAAACAGAAAGACAAUUCAAAAAAUAGAUCAAAAGAAAAGUCAAAAUCAAGGGAAAGUCCAAUACCAACUGAAAAACCAGGCGAUAAACCAAAAGAAAGCUCAAGACCAAACGAAAAAUCCAAUGACAGGAAAAGUAAUGACCGCAAACCAAGGAAUAGAUCUAGCAAUGAAAAAUCAGCUAGUUCAUCAUCUUCAUCUUCUCGUGAACCGUCAAGACCAAACUCUUCAAACUCCGCAAAACCUCCUUUGAGGAAAAAGAAGCCAAAUUCAUCACCGGACCCCAAGAAGCCAAUCGAUGAGAACACUCCGAGAAAACCAAAGAUUAUGAAAAGAGAAGAAGAAAAAAACUGAUGCUCUACAGAUCUUAAGUAGUCUACCUAGUAUGAAUGACUCAAACCCAUUGACAGAUCGUAGUCUACAUCUUUACGAGGGCACCAAAUGACCACACUCCAGCACACGGAAAGACCUUCUGUUAUCGAAGAACAUUAGUUCCUAAGUUAUAGUCAUGUAUAUACUUUAAACCUAUGUAUAAUAUCAACUUACAAAAAUAUAUCGCUUG